AUGGCUAGAAUCUUGGGUGUUCUUAGCUUUGGAGACUGGGGAAACUCCAUGUCUCAAAUCUCAGGAUUUCUCUUCCUGCUUUGCCUGGUUGCUGCAUCGAUUUCCAUGGUCCUCUUCGCCUGCAGCCAUCGCCCCAAAAGGUCUGGCAGGAGCCAGAAUGUGGUGUAUUAUGGACACGGUGGUACGGCGAAUGCCUCGACGAGCCAAGGUAAUGGUGGGGGCGGAGAUGCCGAUUUUACUGCCGGUACUGGCCUCGGUGUCGCGGCUGGUCUCGCCGUAUCUGUUUCUCUCGAUGCUGCCGGUGGUGGUACUGGCUGCGGCGGUGGCAGUGGCUGCGGCGGUGGCUGCGGGGGUGGCGGCGGUGGGUAA